UAUAUGAGUUCAGUGGAAUGUCGUGUUUACGAGUAGAGUUGAACUGAAAGAAAAAUACAAGCACAAAGCUACAUAGAAGUCUAUCUGCGCUGGGUCCACCGGGAGUAUCUAAACCCGAUUUUUAGCGUUAUAAGCCUUCAGAGCCACCAGGGAACCGUGUCAUGCAGUCCAACCUGUAUUUGAUGCAUAAUGUCUCAUGUUACCAAUGAGUGUGACUUUAGUCCACUCCAUUUACGAUGACUUCCAACAGAGUGGAUGCGGCUACCUUGACCAGUCUUACCAGGAAUCGAAACAAGUUAAUGCGGCUUGCAGAAGGUAUUAAACGCAGGAAGAAGUCGAGCAAAAAAAAAGUACACGAUUUCUCCUACGAUCCUGCUUACACUAACAUUGAGCAUUUAGUGUUUGACCGAAGCGGCCGACAGCAUAUUAACUCGACAGUUGUUUGUGACAAUCAGGUCAUUUCUCUUUCUGAAGUUCCGUCCAACAAUCCAGCCAAAGUUGAAUCAGUGGGUACGUGCCAUUGUAAGACUGUUCCUUCCACGAGAGGCUGCGAGUGUCCUGAGUACACUUUUCAUAUAACACCAAAAGAUGACGCCACCUGUACAAAGCCGACAUCUGACAGCCGUUUAGAACAAACAGUGAGUGAUGCCGACACGAGAGAAUGUGGAACAGGCGCUCUCGUGUUCUUGCCUUCCUCACAUGACACAAGGAAGCUGCAAACACAAACCUCAGCUGGUAGUUUUCCUCGAAGAAACCGUCCAUGCACAGUCCAUGAUGAGGAUUGGACAUUCAAUACCCUGCCACCCAGUGCUAGUGGACUUCUAACGGACGAACAACAUGUGAAUGGGUCUUCUUUUCAAUUCAGAAAUAACCACGCUGUUUUAUGCAGUGAAGCUUUAUCUGAUUGUGGCCAUAUGGGCCCAUGCUCAGUUGAACGUAACGAUUCAGCGGAAGAAAAUACCGUUACUCAGGUAAGAAAUAUAAAAAGCAACACUGCUCAAGUAGUUUCAGCGGAAGAAAUCAAGUUUGAUAUUAAAAGUGCUUCAGAAGUUAGUUGCUUUGGUACAGAAUUUUCGUUGCAAGAAAAUAACGAAACUUUAUAUAGGGAUAUAAAUAAUUUUACUUAUAAUCACAAGGAAGCUGAACUGUGUUAUUCAUCUCCAUCAGUAAGUGAACCUGUCAUAAUCUUCAGUAAUGUGCAAAGCUCUGUAGAAAAUAAGGUGGGUUCUUAUUUCGCUACUGACAAAGAACAAUACAUUCCCACCCCAGUAUCUCAUAGCAAACAAUUUUUGAACUGGAAACCCAAAAGUAAUAUCAUAAAUCAAGAUGAUGAAAGUGUUGAAUCCAAUACGAGGAAAUUAAGUGUUCAGUCAUUUCCUUUCCCAAACAGAGGUGUGUCGUCAGAAAAUUUGUAUUCAUCGUGUAAUGAUCAAAGUUCUAAGGGUUCUUGCACAGAAAGUGUAAGAUCUUCUGGCGUACCGAGACUUUUGGUACACGAGAAAAAGGCCGAUGACCCAUCUUCACCUACAUUGUUUGACGACCAUAAUGUUGGCAUAAAAGAAAGUUAUUGUUCUGUUGUUAAUAAUGUCGAAACUUUUGCUUCCAAAAAAAGUCACGUGGAUUACAUCUUUCUACAAAACCACUUUGACGCUGGUACAGCUGAUUAUGAGAAGUUAAACAAGAAAAAAACAGAACCCCAACACUUUACACAAAAGGGAUCGACCAGCAACUUCGACAAGACAACAAGCUUUAGUAAUGAAAAUGGGACUAUAGGUAUUGAAAAUAUUACUUGCAAAAUUACAGUUAAACCUAGAGAGUGUAGGUCUUUGAAAAAUACCGAUUUCCAGCAGAGCAGAAAGUUUGAUAAAAAAGAAUAUAUAAAAUGGAUACACUUUCAUCACCUGAUUCACAGUCUUCAAAGACAAGCGUUUACCCAUCUUUGACAGAAAAUUGUACCGGUAAUUUAGUUGAAGCGAAAAGAAAUGAGAAGUUAAUAGUAGUAACUGGUUCUAAGAAACCUAACAAAAAUAUUUCUCAUGAACGUUCUGAAUGUCAAGAUAGUUUCAGGGUUAAGUCGCCAGUUUCUGUAACAUCUCCAGUAUUUUCUAAAAAUGAAGAAAAACACCAAGACGUUAUUUUGAAGCAAAUUUUUAAUGCUGACACAAAAUCUGAUAAACAUGUAGAUAAUUUGAUUGUGGGUAAAGACCUUAACAACAGUGAUGAACAUGCAUCAAAGGUUUCGAAUAAACGUGACGAAUGGAUCGAUGUCGACUACACUUUUACAGAACACAUAGUCAAAGAGGAGCAACGCUCACGAGAUGAUUUAGUCCCAGAUCAGGUUUCAAUAAACUCACCUUUAGCUUUUAGUGUUAAAGAGGAAAUUGGUGCAAACCAUUACGGUAUCGAGUGCGAAUCUCAUCAUGAGGAUAUUAAUAGUGUUGAAUAUGUUACUCCAGAUGGCACAGCUUUAGACGCUUUGGUGUGUAUCUCUAAUGAACAUAAAGUAGCUGACGAACACUGGAAAGAACUCUACAAGGACGAAGACUUGUUUCAAAGUAAUGUGUCUCUUCCUCAAGCAGAGGUUGAAAAAAUUGGAUUGACAUCAAGAUCUAAUAAUUCAAAAGAUUUUGAAAGUGGGACUAUCCACCAUUUAAACCUAUUGGUUUCGCCAUCUGCUGAGGCUUGUGAUUCAUCGUCAGCCAAUCUUCCCUAUCGAGAGGCCAAAGCUGAUAUCCAAAAGACUGGACUGUAUUCAAAAAACAAAGACUGGAAAUCUGUAAGAACCUCCCUAUCUGUUCAAGAUGAAAAAAUAACUCUUGAAUUCAAGCCUAUUAUGUGUUCAAACACCCUUACUAGAAACUAUAAUAAUUCGAACACAAGUCGAUCAGUAGCGAAUGGAGAGGAUGGAAUUAACAUUCCUUUUUCUGUGGUGAUACCUAUACCAAACAUUAACCACUCACGAGGAAGUAUCAUCGAAAGAAGACAAGAGAAA